AUGAGCUCCACUAUUUGCUUACCACCUUGCAAGGAAGUCGCUCAUCAACCAGUGCUUCAUGUCGAAGCUCGCGUCAAAGGCAACAGUGAUGGAAUCAUUGUCCGAACAGACUUGCAGAUCCGCAACGAGAUUACACAGUGGUUAACUGACAACUUUGUCGUCUUAUCUCUUGGACAGGAAAUUCACUCGUUUGACGGCUUAAGGGAACCGUAUGCACAAGCUCUAGAUUCUAUAACUGUGACAGAGUGUACCGGAGGUGAUGUCGAAUCUGGUGCGUACCGUCUUCGGAAUGUUGAGCUCGACGUCCAAGCCUAUCAACUCCGCACACAGCUCGACAAUGAAGGCUCUCAACAUACUCAACAGGUGGAGGACGCCACGGAACUUGACGAUGAUCAGGGAAAAGUAAGGGUUUUGGUGUUACCGAGCAGAGAACUAGACGGGCUAUGGGAGUCAUUGCACUAUGACCAGCCUCUACAAUCAACACUGCUCCGAGCCAUAAGCCGAAUGGUGUCCUUUUCUGCUAGAAAGCUUGACAAAUGGACGAUCAACUGGAACAGACUCAUUCUGCUCUGGGGUCCCCCAGGCACAGGGAAAACGAGUUUAUGUCGCGGCCUUUCUCAGAAACUCGCAAUUCGUCUCGGAAAGCAUUACCCACAAAGUAAGCUGGUUGAGAUCAAUGCACACUCCCUUGGAAGUAAGUUUUUUGGAGAAAGCGGCAAACUGGUUAGUAAGGCUAUUGAGAAUAUCGAGCUACUUCUUGAGGAGGAGGAAGACACUUUUGUCUGUGUGUUCGUAGAUGAGAUCGAGACACUAGCAGCUCGAAGGGAACGUGUGCUGAGCGGCAAUGAACCGUUUGAUGCGGUUCGAGCAGUGAAUGCCUUGCUCACGGGACUGGACCGGCUCAAGCAGCACCACAAUGUCGUUAUAAUUUGCACGAGCAACCUGGUAACAGCAUUGGACCAGGCCUUCCUUGACCGCGUUGAUAUCAAGCAAUUCGUCCCCCACCUGUCAGGUCGAGCGGUGUACGGGAUAUACAAGGAAUGUCUGGAAGAGUUGAGUCGCCGUGGCAUUGUCGAGGGCGGUUCAUUCGACGUUAUCCAGACCAACCCAGAUGAUCCACAGACGGCGUUGCAAUAUGUAGAGCAACCUGGAGAUUCUCUCGUAUUACCAACAUUUGACGAGAUGCUUCUCAACUAUCAAAUGUUUUCAGACGCCAUACCCAAGCAGCUUGCAGAUGCUGCUUACGCCAGUAUGGUAGGCAAAACAAUCAUCGCAAAAGAGAACAGACUUGCCAUUUCUAACAAUGGGCAUAGGGAUUGA